CAGUGCCUUUUGUAGAGAACAUGGUAGCCAACGCUUCCAUCUUGUCUAUCCUCGCUGUCAGCAUCGAGCGGUAUCGUGUCGCCAGUCGCCCCCUUAGUCAACACGGCGGGAGCUGCAACGCUGCUGUUAAGACAAUGGUGAUGAUCUGGGUCAUCUCAGCGACAGUGGCGUCUCCAAUUCUGUUCAUAACCAAGUACAAAAGUGCCCUACUCCUGGAUGGAACUUCCGUCAAAGUCUGCAAAACAACGUUACAUCUCUCAUGGCAUAAAAUAUAUGUUCUGUUAUCGACAGUGCUCUUCUUUCUCAUUCCUUUUGUUGUCCUGGUGUUUUUGUACUCGAAAAUGUGUCUGCGGGUUCUAUCGUCCAGGAGGAGUAGUAUGGAGGAGAUCCCUGCUCAGACGAAGGAGGUGAACCGUCUGAAGAAGCAGCUUCUCCUUAUUGUCUUAACUGUGGUGCUGGCCUUCUUCCUCUGCCAAACACCAUACCGUGCCAUUGUUUUAUGGAUGCUUUUCGAUACAACAAAAAGUGUUCGCAAUCUUGGUUUCGUCGGUUAUUUAAGUUUGAUCUACUUCACCAGGAUUCUUCUUUACUUGAACCAUGCGAUAAAUCCCUUUUUGUACAACUUCGUGUCCAGGAAAUUUCGACGUGCCUUAACCUCAAUUUGUUGUAGGACAUUGCGAAGGAAAUCUUUUAAUGACUUUCGUGAAGGACGGAAUAGGAACUUUGCCGUUGAGAUACAAAACAGACUCAGGUGUGGGCAGUUGCGGAGUCUGGAGCAAAGGAAUUGCCUUUCACCACGCCACCGACAUCGGCAUCGUCAAAAUGACUUUUUGAUGUUGUAUGAAAACCUUAUUGAAUGACAUUUUAAAAUGACAUGUUUGCGCUUCUGUUUUCACGAAAUUGGCAAGAGGCUUCUGCC